AUGGCAACAUCUACAGUCUCCAAAGAUUCAGAGGGUAUAUACACUGAACUGGCCUCCACACAACAAGAUGUAUACAGCACUCUGGGCCACACCACACUCAACAGCUCAAGAGCUCAGCACACAGAGAGACUCUGCAAGCCCUGUCCACAGGGCUGGGAGCAGUUUUCUUCCAAGUGUUACUACUUCUCCACUGAGGGGAAGAGCUGGAUGAGCAGUCGCAGAGACUGCGUAAGACAGGGAGCUGACCUGGUGAUUAUAGAGAGUGACGAGGAGCAGGAGUUCAUCAACAAAUACAUACGAGAUUAUUACUGGAUUGGACUGAGUGACUUAGAAACAGAGGGCACCUGGCUCUGGGUGGAUGGAACCCUCCUGCAGAAAAACAACUGGAAGAGUGGAGAACCAGAUAAUCUUUACUAUCUAGACAGGAGCGCAUACACACCCGCAGACUGUGCAGUUACUUACCGUGGUGAGAAUGAAUGGAUUGACACAGGCUGCCAUUUGUCCGACCGCUUCAUCUGUGAGACUGAUGCUCUGCUCCUUUAAUUGCCAAUGAUGUAAAAUUGAUGCCGAAUGGGAAAUCCAUUUUUGUACCAUGACAGUUUUCACCAUUUCCUCGGCUGAAAAUAUCAAAAUAAGCAGAACUGUGCCAGUGUUUGAGAGGUGUGUCAUCAAAGCGCUCAGUGCCUGGAGAGAAAUCCUGUCAUCUUGAUAAUAUAUUUGUUUGCACUCCAUUCCUCUGAAAGCUGUGGUUAUAAAUCACAUUUUAAAGAAAUGUUAUGUCAUGAAUUUGUGUAUUCUCAGAUUAACUGAAAUGUUAAUUCAGUGAAAUAAUGUUCAACUACGUUACUUAUGAGACAAAUGCUGUGCUCCCCAAUGUAAUAUUUAUUAUUGCAAUAAAAAAUAAAUUCUUAAAUAUUAUUAAAUGCAGUGGAAUUAUUGUACAAAAGCCUAUACAUGCAGAGUAUUUUCAGCUGUAACAUUAUUAGUUAUGUGAAUAUGGACAUAUGUAUAAAUAAUCACAAAUCCUCAGUAGCACCAUAAGUUUACUGUAGUACACAACAGCAAUCCCCCUGCUACAAAAGUGGAUGUGUUAUGAGCUCAUUGUGUCAAAGCAUCUACUAAUAAAAAUAACUCUUGGUACUUUUAAAAAUGAGUAUGUCACUAAAACGUGCUUAGAUGUUGCUCUCUAAACAGGGGCUGUGACACAAAGCCAUAAACCAUAUGUACAAAUGGUUCUGUAUGCGACUCAAUCAUGGCAUAAAUUCAUUUGUACUUCAUUUUUUCUUUUUUGCUUUUGCUCAUCUGUAAAUAAACCUAUUUAGACAAAACUGAAGCAUUCAAAAA